AUGAAAUUUGCUGAGCAUCUGCAACAAGAAAUAUUUCCACCAUGGAAGCUAUCUUAUAUCUCAUACGAUGUCUUAAAAAAUGAUUUGAAGUCAAGACAGUUAGAUCAUACAUGGAAUCAACAAGAUGAACAAGAAUUUGUUAGAAAACUGGAUAAUGAGCUAGAAAAGGUCUAUGAUUUUGUAACUGCAAAAUUAGGUGAGGUGGAAGCAAGAAUUAGCUAUUGUGAGAGGACAAUCCAAACGUUUAUAAAUAAUCCCUCGUGGUCGUCUGACCAAAAUUGGACAAUUAUGGAGGAUGCAUUAACCGAGGUUCUCUUUGAUGUAAAUGACUUGGCAAAAUUUACAAGGCUAAAUUAUAUUGGAUUUCAAAAAAUACUUAAAAAACAUGACAAAUACACUGGCCUAGACUUACAGCAUGAAUAUAUUCCAAAAUUAAGGGCGAAACCAUUGGACAAGCAACGAUUUGAUGUUGCCAUCGUCUUCAUUUCUGCUUUACUCGAUCUUUGUAAACAACGUGGAAAGAGGCCUAAGAGUGCGACAAGUCCAUUCAAUGAAAAUAAUGUUCAGAGAUUGAAUGAUGAUGAUACUACAGCCAAAUACUGGGUCCAUCCAGAUAAUAUCACUGAAGUCAAAUCGAUCAUCAUGCUUCAUUUGCCUGUCUUCAUCCAGAACUCAGACAAGCGAUACGAACCUUCGGAUGCCGCGGUGUCCAAUAUCUAUUUGGAUAAUCAAGAGUUUGGUCUUUAUACAAGUGUGCUUCAGCGUGAUGAAGGUGCUGAAGCGAUCCGUUUCAAGUGGUACGGUCCAACCUCCAACAAGACUGUCUUUGCUGAACGAAGCACACACAAGGCACAUUGGCUCGACGGCGCUUCCGUCAAGGACCGCAUCGAAUUAGUUGCAGAUGACGUACAUCGAUUCAUGACAGGCACUCUUAGCGCACAAGAGUACACCAGCAGAUUGCGAGCCAAGGGCGUAGAUCCUAAACUUGUCGACCAAGCCUACUUUAUUGCCAACGGUAUUCAAACAUCCAUUCGAGACAAACAACUGGAACCUGUUUGCCGUGUGUUCUAUCACCGCACUGUGUUCCAAAUGCCAGAAGACCCACGUGUGCGUGUCAAGAUUGAUAAUGAUGUGGCGUUUGUGCGUGAAGACAACUUUAUGAGGGCUAGACGUAGAGGACCUCAAGACUGGCGUCGACAGGAUGUUGGCAUCGAUUAUCCAUUCAGCUACCUACAUGAAUCCGAGAUUUUGCGAUUCCCUUAUGCCGUUCUAGAAGCAAAUGUGGAGCCUGGAAACAGUACCCCUGAGUGGCUCAAAAAGUUGUUAGAUUCACAUCUCGUCCAUGAGGUGCCACGGUUCUCUAAAUAUUUACAUGGCGCAUCUUAUCUCUUCCGCGACCGUCUGCCACUGUUACCCUGGUGGCUGUCUGAAAUGGAAAUUGAUAUUCGGAAACCUCGUGCUUCCAAUUUUGGUCUCAGUCGUUCCAAAUCUUUCAAGCCACUGGUCGAUGGUCAAUACCGCCGUGCCAUGGAAGCAGAGCAACUGCGAAUGGACUUGGUCAAUGAAAACAACAAAGACGCAAAGAAGGCCCUUCUCGACCGAAAUAAAUCGAUCAAUGAUUGGGAUAAUCGUCCUCAUCGUAUGCAGUCAACUCUGGUCGUCAAAGGAGAUGAUCCACUCAAUUACGGUCCGCUCAAGGAAAAACGGGUUAAAAAACCCGAUGGACCUCUUGGCGAAGCGAUCGUGUUCUCUAAUGGAGAUAUCCGUCUGGACAUGGGCGAUGGUUCUGGUGGUAAACGACUCUUUGAAAGCUCAGGCAUGUAUGUCAAGGAUCCCAACGAUCCCAAUGCGGUUAUUCCUGUCAAGAAGGUCAAGGUAGAACCCAAGGUGUUUUUUUCAAAUGAACGUACCUUUAUUGCUUGGCUUCAAUUUUGUGCUCUGCUCUUAUCAGUGGCUCUUAAUUUGCUCAAUUUUGGUGAUCAAGUGUCUCGUAUUGCUGGUGCUCUCUUUAUCGGUAUCUCGGCUGGUAUUGCUAUCUAUGCCUUGUACCAGUUUGAACGUCGUGCAUGGAUGAUCAAUCGUCGUAUUGUGGGUCGUUAUGAUGAUCUGUGGGGUCCUGCUGUUCUCUGUGUUCUCUUGGUGGCUGCAUUAAUCGUAAACUUUUACCUCCGUUUCCGUUAG